AUGGUGGAGGCCUGCCAGCCUGCAAAGAUGAAAGGUCUUGAAGGCCCCUCCUUAAACCAAGACCCAAGCAAGUCCUGUAGCUCCUUGGCUCCUGAGGAGGAGCUGGUGUCUGUCUCCCAGUUGGAGGAGGAGGAGGAGCAAGAGGAGGAGGACCUGGAUCCAGAUCUAGCCCCAGAGCCGGAGGAGGAAGAGGAGGAGGAGGAAGAGGUGGAGGAGGAAGAGCAUGAUCUUGGGGAUCCAGCUGUCCUCAGUGCUAUCCAUAACACCCAGAGAGGCCUUCUCAACUCCUCUGGAAUCAAGGCCUCUGGUGUGCUGGGGAUGUCCCCUGCUUCCUUGCACUUUCUGUGGCAGACGCUGGACUACCUCUCUCCGGUUCCUUUCCGGACUACCUUUCCCAGUGCCAGCUCUCCAGCACGACACUUUGGACCUCGACUUCUCUCACCAGACCCAACUCUCUUCAGCCUGCCAACCUCCUGGCCCCCUAGUUUCAGUCAUCUGACCCAGCUCCACCCUCAGCACCAACGGAUCUUGCAGCUGCAGCAACACAGUCGAACACCAAGUCCCCCAGCCAAGAAGCCUUGGUCUCAGCAGCCAGACCCCUAUGUUAACCUCAUGACCCGAAAAGAGAAAGACUGGGUGAUAAAAGUACAGAUGGUUCAGCUGCAGAGUGAGAACCCCCACCUGGAUGACUACUACUAUCAGGAAUAUUAUCAGAAACUAGAGAAGAAGCAGACAGAUGAAGAGCUACUUGGGCGAAGGAGCAAGGUUGAAUCUCUCAAACUGGUAACGCCUUACAUUCAAAAGGCAGAGGCUUACGAGUCAGUGGUUCGAAUCGAGGGUUCCCUGGGCCAGGUAGCUGUAUCAACGUGUUUUAGCCCUCGCCGAGCUAUUGAUGCUGUGCCCCAUGGAUCCCAAGAGCAGGAGCUAGGAGCUGCAAGCAGUCAGAGGCUUCAGGUAUUGUCCCGGAUUGAGAAGAUGUUUCUUCAGUUACUAGAGAUAGAGGAGGCUCAGAAGGAUGGGCCACCACAGCCCUGCUACUCUGAACAGCAGAGCAACCAGGUUGAGAAGCUUUUCCAGGCCUUAAAGACCCAGGAGCAGAAUAAUCUGGAGGAGGCAGCAGAUGGCUUCCUGCAGGUGCUCUCCGUGAGGAAGGGGAAAGCUCUAGUGGCAAGGCUGCUCCCUUUCCUGCCCCAGGAUCGAGCUAUUAGCCUUCUUCUGGCUAUCACCCACCAUUUGCCCCUCCUAGUCAGGAGGGAUGUAGCUGAUCAGGCUCUACAAAUGUUGUUCAAGCCUCUGGGCAAAUGUAUCCAUCACUUGACCUUCCAUGAACUCCUCCAAGGACUUCAGGGACUCAUGCUGUUUCCACCUGGCUCCUCAGAGCGGCCCGUCACUCUGGUGCUUCAGAACCAGUUUGGAAUAUCUUUGCUCUAUGCCCUACUGAGUCAUGGGGAGCAGCUGGUAUCUCUGGAGUCUUCCCUUGAGGAGCCCAACAGUGAUCAUACAGCUUGGACCAACAUCGUGGUUCUGAUUGCCUGGGAGAUAGCCCAAAUGCCAACAGCCUCUCUGGCAGAACCCCUAGCCUUCCCCAGCAACCUUCUUCCUCUGUUCUGUCACCAUGUGGACAAACCAUUGGUACAGCACCUAGAGGCUAGGAUGGAGUAA